AACAAUGGGGACAACAAUUAAAGUACUGUCUCUGAACAUGUGGGGGGUCCCGUUUGCCAGCAAGAAGAUUAAACAGCGCUCAGAACACCUGAUAGAACACCUUAUGGUGUCAGAUUAUCAGAUUGUGGGGUUACAAGAGGUUUUUACCUCCUGGCAUGCUAAACUUAUACAGGAUGGUGUCAAGUCAAUAUUUGGUCAUAGUCACUGGUUCAGAAGCGGAUCUUUGGGUAGUCCUGGUUUGCUUGUUCUCUCCAGGUACCCUAUUGUUGAGAUUGCAUUCCACCCGUUUGCUCUGAAUGGGUACCCACAGCGUGUAGCACAUGGGGACUGGUGGGCAGGUAAAGGAGUUGGUUUGUGUAGAAUUGACCACCCAUUAGCUACGGUAGACUUCUACAUAACUCACAUCCACGCUAAUUACACACACACUGGCUAUGAUAUGUACACUGGACACAGGGUGAGCCAGAUGUAUUGCAUGGCUAAAUACAUAGCAAGAAGUUGCGACUCUGACGCUAUAAUAGCAGUAGGGGACUACAACUGUAAAGAGGACGAGGUUGCAACAGAGGUGUUUGUUGAGGCGUCAGGGCUAACAGACAGUUACAGAGAACUACAUCCAGAUAAGAUAAAUGAUCCCGGAUACACUAACGAUACACCAGAGUGUAGCUGGAGGGCAGACACCAGUCUAGCCACGCUGUGCAGUAACGGCACCUGUAAACGUAUUGACUACAUUUUCUUCAACUCGACUAAGCUCUCCUGUACAGACUCUUCAGUAGUGAUGGGUAAAAUACCCGGCCAGACUUUCUCUUACUCUGACCACUUGGGAGUGUCCAGUACAUUUGUAUUGAAACCCCCCUCCACUGCAGUUCGUGUGUGUAAACUAUCUAAAAGUACUGCGGAGGGAGCACUGGAGUGUAUACACAGAAGCUUAGCCGCUACCCAUGUAGAUAGCACACAGAAGGUAGUGUUGUGGUUGUGUUUAACAGUGGUGUGGUGUGUGGUGGUAGUGGCAGCUGUACUGGAGCUGUUACCUGCUGUAGUACUGGUACUUGUGGGGAGCAUCCUCGCUGCAGCUGCUACUGCUGUCUUCUGGUAUCUUGUUAUCUUCUGUAGGUCUGAGAGUUCUAAAUUCUCUGAAGCUUUCGAUGAGAUGCAGAUACUCACUAGGUUUGCUGAGUAGUUAACAGUUAAUUAUAUGAAGCCCCCCCCCUCCUGUUACCAUGGUUACAGCCUCCCCCAUCUACUAAUACACCCUGUAUAUUAGGUGAUGCAUCACCUAAUAUACAGGGUGUAUUGUACUUACUACUUUUAAAACAGCAGUACUUUUGUUUUAAGGGGGUUCACCAUGAUUUUCUUGUGAAAUUUUAUUUCGAGAUAGGGGACCACUAGCUACAAGUAGAGCACCUAAAAUCUGGGUUUUGAGCAUGUUAAGACUUAAGAUGAUUUGGCAUAAUUGGGCAUAAUUUGGACCAAAAAUGGGCGUGGCUCACCCAGAGUCCAGAACCCCUCAAAAGUUGGGUCACAUGCCCUAGUUUGUUGGUAACUUAAAUUUCACAAGAAAAUCAGGGUGAACUUAAGUAGUUACAACUUAUUGUAUAUUAGUAUAUGUUACUUUAGUUAAGUUUUCUGAAUUUACUAAGUUUUUGAGAUAAAUUGUAUUUCGGAAGGAUUUUGAUCUUCAGGGAUUUAUUGCAGACUGGGUAGUUGAUUUAUUUAAGAAGAUUGGUUUGAGUAAGUAAGUACUUGUGAGUAAGGUUCCAUUACAGAUAUUUGAUAUAGUUUACAGUUUCACAGUAACUAUUGUUUAGUCAAAAUGUAUAGCUCAACAUUCUUUUCUUCUUUAUAAUACAUAACUGAAAAAUUCUGAUUGUACAGUGAUAUUAUGGUUUAUAUUGAAAUGAAGUUUUGCACUUUUU